AAGACCUAUUAAAAACUGUGAAAGUGGGGAAAUGGUUGAAGACUAACCAGGGGUAUUUGACUCCUCCAGGUACUGUCUUCUGAUGCCUGAUAUGUUAGCUAGUUUUGUACAAAUUACAGAUCUAUAUGUUGUUGACAGAAGAUAUUAUGAAAACCAGCUUGAUUGUUAUGAGGAGAUAAUGUUGCUGGGUGUUCUCAUUGAUCCAGAAAAUGUUUAUAAACUGCUACCAGAGCACCUUCAAUUUCCAAAAGAUCUUUCAACUUUGACAAAAAAUAGUGUUUUUCUGUUACUUGGAUGCAUCCAACAUUUGGGGCUUGCAGGUAAUAGUUUUGUGCAGAAAAUUAAAGACCAACCUUGGAUGAAAACUAGACCUGGUUUCAAAUGCCCUUCUGAGUCCCUUCUCCCAGGUCUUAAUUGGGACCACUUAUUAAAUAUUGUUCAUUUGGCUAUUGUUGAUGAAGAAUAUUAUGGAAGAAGAAUUGGCUAAUACAGGGCUGAACUUGAGACAAUCGGGGUGGUUGUAGAUAUAAAUGGAGAAUGUACCAUGCUUUCCUUUACACUGAAGUCAACAUUGUCUUCAAGCAGUUUAACCUGUGCCAAUGUGUUCUCCUUACUCAGCUGCAUCAGUUACAUGAAUAAGACAAUGCAAUCACAACUACUUGAUAUAAUUAGCUGCUUGUCAGGGGAGAAGUGGUUGAAGACUUGUCAUGGCUAUAAAUCUGCCCCAGAAUCUAUUUUGUUCUAUCCAAAAUGGGGAACAGUCUUCAAGGUCGUGGACCUUCCUUUCGUUGAUGAGGCUUUCUACGGUCUCAGAAUUCACUCGUAUAAAUGUGAAUUGAAUAUGCCCGGUGUUGUGACUAGUUUUAGUGAAGGGGUUCAUAUUGUUGCAAGAGGUCUCAAGUUGCCAAAAGAACCAGCAUCUUUAGCACCAGAGGGUGCUCUCUCACUGCUUCAGUGUGCUACAUCCCUCAGAAAUAGUUGCAAGUCAACUGACCACUCUACAUUUAAGAUUUUGCUCGACAAAUUAACAGGAGCCAGAUGGCUAAAAACACAUAUGGGCUACAAGUCCCCACAAUAAUGUAUCCUGUUCUAUCCAGAGUGGGAAUGUUAUUUAACACCAAAUGAUAGGUCUUUCAUUGAUGAGAAGUUCUACGUAACUAUUAGUUCUCUGGAAAAAGAAGAUCUAAAAGCCAUAGGGGUGAAGGUGGAUAUUAAGGAAGCUUGCCAUCUGAUUUCCCAUGCUCUUAUGUCUCACAUUCAAACUUCUGCUGUCAGGGGAAUCUACAGAUUCCUAUAUAAAUUCAAUUGGAAUCCACAGAUAUAUGAUACCCAUUACUCUCAGUUAUGGAUCCCAGAUCAACAAGCUGGUAAAGGAAAAUGGGUGAAAAAUUGGCGCUGUCUACUUCAUGACCAGGAUCAUCUAUUUGAUGCUCCUCUAAAAUGCUCUUGAUAAAUACUAUGAGAAGGAAUUGCUACCUUUUCUGUCGAGGGCUUUUGGGGUUUGGGAAUUUCCUUCCCCAUAUGAUUAUUUAGAUAUCUGGAAUAGCUGGGAGGCUACGUGUCAAGUGACUGCUGAGCUAAGCUCCUUCCUGGAGCAAAUAUCAGAAAAUUGGGAAAACUGGGAUUCUGACACUAGAAGUAUCCUCAAAAGACAGUUCACCAUGCUACCUAUAGCCAAUACUUCAGGAGCUGUUCAGCUUGUGAUGAAAGAACUUUUUAUCGCUGAUGAUUUUCAGUUGAAACAGGCAUUUACUGAAGCUAGUGAAAAGCCUCUAUUUGCAUGGUUCCCACCAAUGCGCUCAUCAUAUCAGGCUAAAUUGUUAGAGAUUUACGCUAGUCUUGGUGUUAGAAAGAUAUCUGAAGCUGUGCAGUUUGACCUACAUUGUACCAUGUCUGCAAGUAAAAAAAUUGAGAAGACAGAUAUCCCGAUUGGGAAAGCUUUGAUCAAAUUGGUGUUGGCCCAUGCAAAUAUGCCAAUGAAAGAAAAACACAAGACUGCAAAAUCUCUUCUGGAACUUUCAGUCUAUGGCAGUGAAGAAAUAUCAGUCCAGUAUGCCUUACAGUUACUUUUGCAGAAAAGGAGGUUAGAAGUUGAAAUUAAAAAAAUGGUGCUUUGGGAGAAGAACUCACAGAGACUGCUUGUCAAGAAAUCAACCUGGAAUGAAGGAAAGAAAGAUGUAGAAUUCAUUGCUUCUUUUGCACAAGCUAUCUCGGAAGCAGUUCUAUCUAACAGUAGGGAUCAAAUGGACAUGUUUUGCAGAAUAAUCCAAAUGGGCAUGGCACUUGGGUUAGAGGAAGAUGCAGUGGACUCCCUGCAAUGGACGCAGAAUUUGGAACUUUCUUUUGAGGACAAGGAAUUCCUUGAUCGUUCAUUUCCCUCUGGCAAGUCCUCUCCUAUUUGGGCAAGCGCCAGUCUCAACCUCUUGUUGCCUUCCAACUCCAAAUGCUUCAGCUUGUAAGAGGAUUUGACAGAAAUGGGAAGUAUGGAACUAAACUUCCUUUUGCUUUGUAUGACAUGUGACUGACUGUAUAUACAUUAAUGUAACAUGUAACUAUGUAAAUAUUCUUAACUUCGCUGUAAUGGAAGUCCUUUCGAUGGUUCUGUAUAUUGAAUACUCUACAACUGUUGUCUUGU